AUGGCAAAACCUUUCGCAGCACAAGGUUCUGGAAGCUAUGCUGCCAUCUCCGUUCUAGAACGAGAUUUCAGAAAUAAUAUGAGCGAAGAAGACGCAGUCAACCUUGUGCAGCGAGCACUUCAUGCUGGUAUGCAUGGAGACAAUGCUUCUGGGAACAGUCUAAAUCUAGUGAUUAUGCGACCAGACAAGACUGAAUUUAGGGGACCCAUCGUACCUGAUUUUUGCAAGAAGCCUGAACCUAUUGAUCUGUCGUACAAGUUCAAGUCAGGUGCAACGAAAGUGUUGAAGAGGAAAACUAUCAAAUUUGAUGUGAUCGAAUCGAUGGAUAUCAGUCACUGA